UGCUAUACUUCCAAAGCCUUCUGUGUCUUCCGUUCUUGUUUAAGCCCCAAAAUGGCAAUGAUCAUGCAGCCCUCAGCUACUAUGCAGAAACAGAUCAAAGGUGACAAGCCCUUGUUCUCAACUUCAGAUGACAAUGCAAUGACCAAGCAAAUUCAGGCAACUCAUUCUCCUGAUGGACGUGAGUUUAAUGUCAAGCCUCUUAUUCAACUCGUUGAGGACAUAUUUAAUCGGGCCGCCCCAACUAUCGAUGCCCUUGGCCUUACUCUGCCGGCCACUCAUCAAGCAAGUACUGCAGAAUCUCUGGAUGAGAAAACUUACCAAGGAAGCUUCAUUGCUACGCUUGAAUCUUUGGCAUUUGUCAUCGACCGAGUUGCUACUGAGAUAACGUACAAAUGCUCAGGGGGAGCAGAUGCACAUGCAACUACAAUGUCAAUAUUGAACAUGCUGUCCAACUACUCGUGGGAUGCCAAGUUGGCGAUAGCAAUGGCAGCUUUUGCCAUGAAUUAUGGAGAGUUCUGGCUGGUUGCCCAGAACUACACCUCAAACCAGCUCGCCAAAUCAGUGGCAAUCCUGAAACAAUUGCCUGAAAUUUUAGAGCAUUCGAGCAUGCUUAAACCCCGUUUCGAUGCAGUGAAAAAUCUCAUCAAAGUCAUUCUUGAUAUCGCCAAGUGCAUUGUUGAGUUGAAGGAGCUUCCACCUCAGUACAUUUCAAUGGAUGUCACUGCAAUGUCCACUGCAGUGGCCCACAUACCAAUUACUGUCUACUGGACAAUCAGAAGUAUCGUGGCCUGUGCAUCCCAGAUCACUGGCCUUACUGGCCUGGGGCACGAGCACAUGGUAUCAACUACAGAGGCCUGGGAACUAUCGAGCUUGGCUCACAAGCUCAGCAACAUGCAUAGCCACCUAGCAUCUCAACUGGGGAUCUGCUAUAAGCACAUUGAUGAAAAGAAACAGCUGGAAACCUACCAGAACCUUAUACAUUUGUUUGAGAUGGCUCACAUUGACAACAUGAGAGUUCUGAAGGCAUUGAUCAAUGCUAAGGAUGAUCCACUGCCGCUUCUUGAAGGAACCACAAAGAGGAGGGUUAACAUUGACGUCCUGCGGAGAAAGAAUGUUCUGCUGCUUAUUUCAGAUCUUGACAUCUUGCAAGACGAGAUUGUCAUUCUUGAACAAAUUUACAACGAGUCGCGGCUCCACCCCACCAAGCAGGAAAGUCAGUAUGAGAUAGUGUGGCUCUCAAUUCUUGACCCAACUGUCCUGUGGAAUGAGAAUAUGCAAAAAAAAUUCGAGAAUCUGCAGGCUGGUAUGACUUGGUACUCAGCAUACCACCCUUCCUUGAUCGACCGGGCAGUGAUCAAGUUCGUUAAACAAGAGUGGCAUUUCGGGAAGAAGCCCAUUCUUGUAGUUCUAGAUCCACAAGGGCGGGUUGCCUGCCCAAAUGCACUCCAUAUGAUGUGGAUUUGGGGCAGUCUAGCCUUCCCUUUCACCACUAUAAGGGAGGAAGCUCUCUGGAGGGAAGAGAGUUGGAGACUUGAGCUCUUGGUGGAUGGCAUUGAUCCAACCGUUAUGAAUUGGAUGACAGAAGGAAGAUACAUAUGCCUGUAUGGAGGAGAGGACAUGGAUUGGAUUCGUAAAUUUACCAACACUGCACGGGCAGUGGCACAAUCUGCAGGUAUCCCUCUAGGGAUGGUUUAUGUAGGGAAGAGCAACCCAAAGGAUCGAGUCAGAAAGAACAUUGCAACCAUCAUUGUUGAGAAACUCAGCCACUACUGGCAAGACCUGACUUCUAUCUGGUACUUCUGGGUGAGGAUAGAGAGCAUGUGGCGCUCCAAGAAUCAGCUAGGAAAGAGCGCAGAAAAUGAUCCCAUAAUGAAGGAAAUCAUGACAAUGCUCAGCUUCGACGGCAGUCAGGGUGGAUGGGCCUUAUUCACUAGAGGCUCAGAUGAGAUGGUGAAAGCCAAGGGAGCUCCAUUUUUAACCUGCCUGACGAAUUUCACUAACUGGAAAGAUCAGAUACAGCUGAAGGGUUUCAUACCAGCACUCAAAGAUGAACUUAAAGAUCUUCACACUGAACAUCACUGCAACAGGCUAGUGCUCCCUGGCGCUGCAGGGAUGAUUCCAGAAAGGAUAGUAUGCUCAGAAUGCGGCCGUCCCAUGGAGAGGUUCAUUAUGUAUCAGUGCUGUGAUGAAUAAACAGCAAUGAAGAUCAUGAGAGGCUAUCCGUCAUACAAUAUAAGACGAUCCAGUGAUGAAUAAGAAGCAGCCCGCAGGGUUCAUUUAUGAACUAUGAUAUUGGGGCUGCAUUUACAAGUGGCAGGUUUGCUAUAUACUAUGAUGAAGGCUGGAAUUUUUACUUAAGAAAUGCUUGCUAUGUAAUGGUUUGUAAUACUAUUUUUUUUUCCCUUUUCACUAUGAUGCUGUGUGUUUAUCGAAUUCAUAUUAAAUAAUUUUGUUCUCUUACAUUAAUUAGUGAAAUUCCUCUAUUUAUCAUCA